UUCGAAAGAGUUCCUAUUCAAUGUUCAAGUAUUUCAUUGUUUGCCUAGCACUCUGUUCAUUGGCCGUUAGCGAACAGGGGCUAAGUAAACUCGAUGUGGGUUUUGUCAAAUGUUUCAUGGAGAAUUCGUUGACUGCGGAGCAGAUCGCCCAGAUAAUGCGGAAGGAGUUUCCCGAUGAGCCCGAGGUGCGUCCUCUUCUGCUGUGCCUUUCUCAGGCGCUGCAUAUCUUCUCCAUCUCAGAGGGGUUUGACAUCGAUCUCCUGGUCAAGGGGCUCUUCAAGAAUCUGAGUAAAGAAGAGAAACAGCAAAUUAUCCACAAAUGCGUGGAUAGUAACGAGCAGAAGAGUCCUGCCGAUGAGUGGGUAUUCCGUGUGCACAAGUGUCUUUAUAUAAGCGACACUGGCGAUCUUGCUAGAGCCAAAAAGGCUGAAGCCUAAAACCUAAAUAAACUUGAAUGAAAAAUUUUAAUUAUUAAUUUUGCAUUUUUCGAAGGCAGCUUUAAUAGAUUAGAGC